AUGGAAAAUCACAACAAUGUCACGGAAUUUGUUUUCACGGGGUUGUGGGGAAAUAAGCAAAUAGAACUAUUGCUCUUUUUCUUGUUCCUGCUCUGUUACCUUAUUGUGUUAAUGGGGGAUUUCAUCAUCUUGUUCACAAUCAUCUACAGUCAUCUAAUCCAGCAGCCUAUGUACUACUUUCUCUGUCACCUCUCCCUCAUGGACCUCUGCUACACCACCACGGUGGUCCCCAAGCUAAUUAGGGACUUACCUGCGGCAAGAAAAAACAUUUCCUAUAACAACUGUGUGACCCAGCUCUUCACUGCCCACUUGCUGGCAGGUGUGGAAAUAUUCAUCUUGGUGUCCAUGGCUGUUGACUGCUAUGUUGCCACUGUCAAGCCCCUGCACUAUGUGGUCAUCAUGAACAGGCCAAGGUGUAACAUCUUGAUCAUCGUGGCCUGGGUUGUGGGUUUUUGGCAUUCUAUUGCUCUACUGUUGGUGGUACUCAGUUUACCUUUCUGUGGUCCUAAUCAGAUAGAUCACUACCCAUGUGAUGUGAAGCCACUUUUGAAACUAGUAUGCAAAGACAUUCAUGUUGUUAAUAUUUUAGUGAUUGCAAAUUCAGGGGUGGUGGUGGCAGUUGUUUUUCCUGUCCUCCUAGUUUCUUAUAUAGUCAUAUUAUACAAUCUUAGAACAUGCUCCUCUGCAGGGCGAAGAAAAACUCUCUCAACCUGUAGUUCUCACAUAAUGGUUGUAGUUUUAUUCUUUGUUCCCUGUAUCUACAUUUAUAUUCUACCUGCAGGGAGUGAGAACAAGGAUAAGGAAAUAUCUGUGCUUUACACUGUGAUUGCCCCCAUGCUGAAUCCUCUCAUCUAUGCUCUGAGAAAUGUGGAGAUGAAAAUCGCCAUGCCGAAGGUAUGGUCUAAAAUAGCACAUUCAAAAUUAAAGUAA